AUGACUCCUCAAACACCUCGCGGUCGUUUCUGCAACAAUGGAUCUGUGUCUACGUUUCCUCCUCCAACAGGAUCUCAUUCGAAAAACGACAAAUCGGGAACUACACUCAACAAAUCUGGAAAUAACCUCACAACUACCCUCACCGAUGAUUAUCAGGAUGAAUAUUUCAAUGCAGAAGAGUUAUUGGAUGAUGAUUCCGAUGGUCGUCGAAAAAAUUAUGAGAACUUUACGGAGCUUUUUGAAGAGACUGAAUUCGCUUCCGAAAACAAUGAAUGCGAAAAUGAUUCAAGCUCCAAAGAUAUACUCGUCUUUGUCUCGUUUAUCCUUAUGCUCCGGUUAUCGCGAACCCAAGUUAAAAUGGCAAUCGCAAUCGUCGAAUAUUUUCUAAAAUGUUCUCUGCCUUUCACGGCAAAAGAAGUGUUCGAUGAAGUAAACCGCCGACGUAUGAGUCACGCUCCAAAAACUCGGCUUUUUUGUCCAAAUUAUCGAGCUCUUGUGCGAAAUCAGCCGUUCAAGUCUACAUCAUCUUCGCAUCCGGGUCCGCAGAAGAGUCAAAUGCAUUUGAUGAAAUUUCGAAAAAGGAGAAAUACUAGAGGAUUCGGAUCUGUAUGCUUAUUCAUGAUUCGAGGAGGCCAGAGCUACGUGCUCAUAGAAGAAUAUGGAUCAGCAGCUGCUCUAAGACUUGAUUUUUCAAAGUUAGCUCGGAACACGCAACGUUUGGCUAGGUCAAUCAAACUUUUUGCUGACAAUAAUUGUGACUCUCUUAUUGUUAAAUGCACUAACCUAGUUGGUCUCACAUUGAUCCCCACUUCUGAUGUUUUAUCUCCUUUCCUAUCAAUCCAGUUUGAUGGAAACACUUAUUUCUGCCCCAAUCGUUACUCCCCCAUUGUUGUUAGAUAA